UGGGAUCGUUCAAACCUGAAAAAAACAAACAACCAAGCGAUAAAUGUAGAAUUUCUUGAGUUUAACAUUCUUGACUUGCAACUGCUACAGAUGGUUGUUCAUAUCUGAAUGUUGCAAGGCUGACUCUCCAACAGAACUCCGCUAAUGUGAGGUACAUGCAUCUAUAGAGCUAGGGGAGUCACCAUGGAGGAUGGGUUGAAGCUUGCCUCCGGAGGAGAAGACAUCAAACUUUGGGAUGUGGCAAGCAGCUCGACACCCAGUCAUCAGUUCUCUCCACACACCAGCGGCAUCUCCUCACUAUGCUGGAGUCAUAACAAUCAGAUUUUAGCAAGUGCCGGCAGUUCUGGUGAUAAAGUGGUUCUUACGUUUGUCAGAAGCGCAGCGUCAAAUAUUAUUGAGUUAGCAGAGGGGGAAAAACAGACUAGUGUCUCCUUCAACUCCACAUCCCGCUACCUUUUGUCUGGUGGCAAGAACCGCAUCGUCAGCAUUUGGGAUCUCAAGUCUAGGAAGCUGAAGAAAACGUACACGGGUCACCAAGAUUCAGUGACCUGCGCGAUAUUCAACUGGAAUGACACCUAUAUUGCGUCGGGCUCAGCCAGUGGAGAAAUCUUACUUCAUAAUGUUGUCUCUGGUCAGGCUAGCAGCCCUCUCAUCGCCCCCAAAACCCAGAGUGUCCGUUCUCUGGAGUACUCGCUCCUCAAGAAAUCCAUGCUGGCCUCCGUGUCUGAUGAUGGUGGCCUGACCAUGUGGGACACCAACUCCCGUAAGCCCAUUACGACAUUCCGAGAUGCACACAGGGCACCGGCUACAGGGCUGGCGUUCUCACCAGUCAAUGACAUGCUGCUGAUGAGUACCGGUCUGGAUAAGAGAAUCGUCUGCUACGACGUACUUGGCAAGGGAAUCAUCCGAAGUAUGACAGUUGAGUCACCUCUGACGUCCAUUGCUUGCAUGCAUGAUGGUGCCACGCUGGCUGUAGGCUCAACGCGAGGCAAGGUGUAUAUCUUUGACUUGAGGAUGGGCUCUACCCCAUUGAAUGUCUUCAGUGCUCACAAGUCAUCUGUGCAGUCUGUGCGAUUCCAGCAUGCGCCGACUGCAAGGAGUAACGGUGUAGGUAGCAAAGGUGCUAAGCCGGUACAGUCGGUGUCAGCAGGGCGUAAACUCCCCCAAGUUAGCCCCGGAGUGGCUCAGGUUGCCCCUUCCAUUCAGAAGAUAAGCAAGUCUUCCACGAAUCCGUCUAGUGGUGCCGGUAAAUCGCUAGAGGAAGCCGGUAAUGAUUCCAACAGGCUCGGAACACCAAGAGAUAACAUCGAGAAUCAGGAUAUCAUCUCACCGAUUAGAGAAGGUGCUAGGAUUACAGAUAAUGUCAACCACGUUGGCCGACCAAACACAAUGGGUAAAGCAGACGGCACCCCUGCAACCCAAAAGAAAGACAGUCUACCAGAUUUUUUCUCACCGCUGUCGGAGAACACCUCCAAUAUUUCCUCUCGGAGAACUCCGAUAGGCUCAGUAGAUUUAGAGCCGCAGUCUUCCCCAGGUGUACUACCCGAAUCAGCCACCAAGAGUUUCCCUCUUGAUGUAGACCUCUACAAUGGCACUUCUGUCACGUCAUCCUCAAAUGCAAUCAAGAGCGUCAGAUCAAACUCGUCCAGCAGUCAGCCAGCUAUUACCAAACCAGUACUAAAUCUUGACAGGAAGAGCAGUCCCGAGCGGGGACGUAGUAAGUCCCUUACGAGCCAGGCCGCUUUAUUACCGGGGUUGGUGUCGCCUGUAAGUGGACCAGAGCUUUCCUUGAGCCCCAAGGAGCCAGUGAGGUUGGCGGUUACAGCUCAGCCAGCGACUGUGGCUCUCACAUCUCCAAGGACAGCCAGGACGACUGGAGUGACUGAGAGCGAUGCUAAGCCAUUCGGCACUCCACAGAGUCGAAGAACAACUUCUCCAGGCAGGGGUCUCCUUGGAGGGUCUUCAGAAAGCGCUUCUAGAGCCAAGAGUGGGGAUGCGAUAUCAAGGGGUCUCGUCAGUGCAUCAGGGAGUCCGAGGAACCUUCAGGUUGACUACAGAGAUGCAAAUAACGGUGCUGUAGCGGGUGCUGAUUUACAACCCUUCCAGGUUCAGUUCAUUAAGAACAUGAUUGAUGAAUCGCUUGAGGAUUUCAAGGAAUCCUUCCACCGAGAAAUUCUACAUUUGCAGCGAGAAAUGGUCCGGCAGUUUCAAAUACAACAGAUUGAGAUGCAAGCCACUCUUGAGAAGUAUUCCGUCAAUGAGGGUUUGCUGGCUGAACUGGAGAGACUGCGAGAAGAGAACAAAAGCCUAAAAGCCAAAUACUGACACCAUGGCAAGUGCAAGCUAUACUUCAGAAAAUAUAAUGCAAGCCACAUCGUGGAUUUUACUUUAAAGAGACCAAGAGAAUGGGAACCAGAUAGCCAACUACCAAAAACCAGAAAGAAUUUGCUCUGGGAGACGAAGCGAAGAGAACGAGGAAGCACCUUGUUAGAGCGAAAUAUUGACACCAUGGGAGAGGGAAAACGCACGCCAUACUUGAGAAAUAAAACGCAAGGCAUACCUUGAAGAAUGUUUCAACAAAGAGGUUUUGCUUUGGAAAGACCAAGAAAACAGAAGAAGAAGAACACAGACAGCCAGCUUCCGAAAUCAGAAAUGUUCAAUCAACUAGGAUUUGCUGUGGAGAGACUAAGUGAAGAGAACAAGAAUCUUAUUAGAGCAAAAUACAAUGGGAGAGAGACAAUGCAAGCCAUACUUGGGAAUUGUUGCAUCAGUAAGGUUGGGCUCUGGAGAGACUAAGUGAAGAGAACGGGAACCCUAGAGUGAAAUAUUGGCGCCAUGGUGGAGGAGACAAAUGCAAUCAAUAUCUGAGAAAUGGUCCAUCCUUGCCCCUUUGCUUUUGAAAGACUAAAUGUAGAGAGCAAGAACCAGACAGCCAACUACUUAAACUAAAACAAUUGGUGAGGAGAAAUGCAAGCCAAACUUGAGAAAUGUUCAACCAGUGAGGCUUUGCUUUGGAGAAACUAAGUGAAAACAAGAACCAGACAGCCAACUACUAACCAUUGGUGAGGAGAAAUGCAAGCCACACUUGAGAAAUGUUCAACCAGUGAGGCUUUGCUUUGGAGAAACUAAGUGAAAACAAGAACCAGACAGCCAACUACUAACCAUUGGUGAGGAGAAAUGCAAGCCAAACUUGAGAAAUGUUCAACCAGUGAGGCUUUGCUUUGGAGAAACUAAGUGAAAACAAGAACCAUACAGCCAACUACUAACCAUUGGUGAGGAGAUAUGCAAGCCAAACUUGAGAAAUGUUCAACCAGUGAGGCUUUGGUGUGGAGAAACUAAGUGAAAACAAGAACCAGACAGCCAACUACUAACCAUUGGUGAGGAGAAAUGCAAGCCACACUUGAGAAAUGUUCAACCAAUGAGGCUUUGGUGUGGAGAAACUAAGUGAAAACAAGAACCAGACAGCCAACUACUAACCAUUGGUGAGGAGAAAUGCAAGCCACACUUGAGAAAUGUUCAACCAAUGAGGCUUUGGUGUGGAGAAACUAAGUGAAAACAAGAACCAGACAGCCAACUACUAACCAUUGGUGAGGAGAAAUGCAAGCCACACUUGAGAAAUGUUCAACCAAUGAGGCUUUGCUGUGGAGAAACUUAGUGAAAACAAGAACCAGACAGCCAACUACUAACCAUUGGUGAGGAGAAAUGCAAGCCACACUUGAGAAAUGUUCAACCAAUGAGGCUUUGGUGUGGAGAAACUAAGUGAAAACAAGAACCAGACAGCCAACUACUCACCAUUGGUGAGGAGAAAUGCAAGCCACACUUGAGAAAUGUUCAACCAAUGAGGCUUUGCUAUGGAGCAACUUAGUGAAAACCAGAACCAGACAGCCACCUUAUAACCAUUGGUGUGAGGAGAGAUGCCAAUACCAGGGCAGGGGAGAACAUUUUUCUCGAUUUACCUGGCCUUGAAAUUCCAUGUGUGGUCCCUUCUUUUUGGGAACUUUCGUUUUAGUUUGGCAUGUUUUUAAGUCAACAUUACAUGUAUAUACAUGUAGCAUUCAUCAGAAUUCAAGUUUUUAUUUAUGUCUGGAAUAUAAAAGUCUGUGCAACUUAAAUCUUUACUGACUUAGAUCCCACUGUUUCGUAUUGGUCACACUUGUAUAUACCUUUAUUUAUGUUUGAACUUAAGGACAGCGUUGGUAUGGCUGGUAAAAAUGCUACCUUGAACCGCUAUACAUGCCCAAUACUUUGUUUUCAAAAGGUCAAGGGCACCAUGGAGUUAUCUUUUUGGCGCCUCUGAUUUGGAAUAUUACAAGGGGCACAAAGGCAACGGGGGCAACUGAGCUAAUUGCCUCCGUUGCCUCCAUGCAGCGUCAGGCUCUCGAAUACACACUUCUGGCGCCUCUGACCAUGACUAAGGUGUACAUUUCUAUUUGAACAUUUCAAGAGGCACAAAGGCAGUGGCAUGGGGCAACGGAGAAUGGACUCCGUUGUCUCAAUACAGUGUGAGGCUCGAAUACAGGCACAAUUCUGGCGCCUCUGACCAUGACUAAGGUGUACAUUUCUAUUUGAACAUUUCAAGGGGCACAAAGGCAGUGGCAUGGGGCAACGGACAACGGAGAAUGGACUCCGUUGUCUCAGUACAGUGUGAGGCUCGAAUACAGGCACAAUUCUGGCGCCUCUGACCAUGACUAAGGUGUACAUUUCUAUUUGAACAUUUCAAACAUUUACUUUUAAUACAAUCAUCUUUUAUGGAGCACAACAAAUGAUUUGGUUCUUGACCAAUAAAAUUGACAACCCGUUACGGUGGUAUAACAAAUGAUUUCAAGCGCAAAUAAUUUAUUCGAGUGCGCCACAUAAUUUAGUGAACAACGUUAUUUCGAGCGCACGAAAUAAAGAACUUUGAUUGUUUCUUGGAUACUUGGAAUUUGUUUUUACCGCAUGUCCCUAUAUUAGGGCCUCCGUAGUAAUAGAAUGUUUACACGCAACUUGGGAAAUGUAAUUCAAUAUUCUAAAUGUUACCGAGUUUCAGGCAGAACAUUAUUGCAUAAUGUUCAGACUUUGAUAAUGUUAAACUGUAUUUUUAUACUGUACAGUCCGCUAAAUUUGACUUGACUACCUAUGCAAAAGAAUGAAAUAUCUUACAGUGAAUGUUAAAGACACUGGACACUAUUGGUAAUUGUCAAAGACCAGUCUUCUCACUUGGUGUAUCUCAACAUA